AUGGCAGACAUACUGGAAGUCACCAAACAGCCCGAGGCAUCGGCGAUCACCGAACGCAUCACCGAAAAAGGCCAUGAGUCCCCCCACCUCGCAACAUCCGCCCAGGUCCAGCACAACCUCGAACACCAACACCUCUGGACCUCUAUAAUAGGAGACAUCAUUCCUGGACGAUCAGACGACUCAAACACAUUAAAAAAAGAACCCCGCCAAUCACCACAAGAACCAAUCCCUCUGCUAUCCGGCUACCCCCCACACCGCGUGUACACACAUCCAGAUGAGCAGCUGUACAUGCUAGAAAACGGAAUCCGCGAUGAGGACCUGAAGCCGGAGCGGAUUUUCGUGGUACCAACUACACAGGGUCAGCCGUGGACCUUGCGUCAUAUGGGUGCUGUGUUUGACCGGCUUCCUGAGUUCGAGCAAAAGGCUAAAGAGCAUGAUCGAUCUGUCGGUCCGACAAGCAUGCAGCCGGAGGCGGCGAAUCUGAAUCCUGAAAAGGCAGAAAAGCUGGCUCAAUACUAUGAUAAGAAGGAAAAGACUCGUUUGACCAAAGAAUGGGGUGCGCAAAGGUUUUUGCUUGCUAUGGUGGAUAAGGGGAUGGGUGGGGACGGGACGGUGGCAUAUUAUGUUGUGCAUGAAGGUGAGGUGAAGCCGAGGCAGAACUGA